AUGUUGUCAGCUGGAGCUCUGUUGACACCGGCAGUGCCACCUGCACCUUCUGCCAGGACGGCAGCUGCACUGGCGGUUCCUGGACCACCAGUGGACUGUAGAACACCGUGCCCACCAACUCCAACGACAACCUCAGCUCUGUCAGUUGCUAAAUGGCUUAGUGAUACGUCAAGUUGCACAUAUACUUUCUUAUGGGAAAUCUGCGCUGCUAAACAAGUGCUCUCCUGGCUUUCGAUGCUUGUGGGGGGCCCCUAA